AGCUCGCGCCGUGGUCGAACGAAUUCGCGAUUCCGACCACCGCCGCGCUCAGGCGCCGGAGAGAUAGAGGGAGAGAGCCAUGUCGCGGUCCCUGAGCCUGAACAUGAGGUCGGCCUCGCGCCGCGACCUGCCGCCUCCCCAGAAGACAAUUGAAAGGCUUGAGAACAUGGUGGAAGGGGGAAAUUACUACGAAGCACAGCAGAUGUACAAGUCUACCAGUGCAAGAUACACUACUUGUCAAAGGUAUAAGGAAGGCUUGGACAUCCUUCAGUCAGGAGCUUCAAUCCAAUUGAAGCAUGGGCAGGUAACUUGCGGUGCUGAACUCGCUGUGCUGUUUGUGGAUACUCUUGUGAAAGGACAACUUCCUUAUAAUGAAGAAACAUCUGGUCGUAUCAGAAAGAUAUAUGAGGCGUUCCCCAGGAUACAUAUGCCCCAUUUCCUUGGAGAUGAUUAUGAUGAUGACGGGCAGAAAUUAUCCGAAGCUAUUUCUGCUGCGAAAGUGCGUGCUGAGGGUUGUUCAUCAUUUCUGAAAGCAGCUCUCAGGUGGUCUGUUGAGUUUGGGCCAUCAAGAAAUGGAUCUCCUGAGCUGCAUGUUAUGUUGGCUGAAUACAUUUAUUCCGAGUCUCCAGAAACGGACAUGACUAAGGUAUCAAGUCAUUUUGUGCGUGGAAAUGAUCCUAAAAAAUUUGCUUCUAUGCUGAUAAACUUUAUGGGCAAGUGCUACCCUGGUGAAGAUGAUACUGCAAUUGCACGUAGUGUUCUAAUGUACUUAUCACUAGGAAAUCUCAGAGACGCAAAUUUGCUCAUGGAUGCGAUGAACGAGCAACUAAAAUCUGCUGACUUAGAAUUUCCAAAAUCAGAUUUAAUCCAGUUUAUCAAGUAUCUUCUACAAACGCUUGAAAGAGAUGCUUACCCUCUUUUUAAAACACUUCGACAAAAGUACAAGACAAGUACAGAUCGAGACCCUGUAUUUGAGGAGGUGUUGGAUGAAAUAGCUGCAAAAUUUUAUGGCAUACGGCAACAGAACCCUCUGGAAGGACUAUUCGGUGACAUGUUCAAGAUGUAAUAUACGAGGGAAGAACUUGAUCAUUAUGCCCUUGCCUUCAAUGCAAUCAUUGGCUUCCAGCUAAAAAAAAAUGCAACCAUUAACCGAAAUAAUACAUUUGUCAUGACUGGGAGAUCAACAGUGGGCCACCCAGAAAUACACACCAGAAGCUCUCAGUCAACUGAGGCAGUACGUUUGACAUCAAACUGCAUGAAGAUACACCGCUGAUCUGUUGUAAAAUCAUUGUGUUAUUUUUGAUGUUUUUCUUUUCUUCCCUGAAAGGUUUUGAUGGUUUCAAGUUAUGUAACUGAAUUUUCAUUUUGAGAUUAUUUUUAAGAUGAUAUGGCAUUUUGUUCCCUUUA